AUGGUCCCUGGCAAGCCCAUGUGUGUGGAGAGCUUCUCUCAGUACCCACCUCUGGGUCGUUUUGCUGUGCGUGACAUGAGGCAGACUGUUGCUGUUGGUGUCAUCAAGGCCGUUGAAAAGAAAGUCUCCACUGCUGGCAAGAUCAUAUUCUUCAGACCAGGAACUGGUGUCUUACAUUCUCACACUGAAAAAGAACUGAUGCAGUUUCAUGGAAAUAAAAAGACGUGUUGUGAGAGUCAUUUCAAUAAUGUUGUGAAACUUUGCAUGUGGCUUCUGAAAUGUCUGAUUGAGGGGCUGAAGCAGCAGUAUCCUAAAGAGCUUGAGCCUCGUGUUCCUACCAUGGGAAAGCAGACUUCUUCUAUGUUCCUUUCAGACAGAGUGCAAGAUACCCUUUGGUCUCCAGGCCAGCUCUCUGUCUCCUUCAUGAAGCUCUUUGGAUACUUUGAGCGAUGUGCUCUAAAUGGUUCACUACCCCACUUCUUUGUUCGAGAACAUAACCUUUUCUCCCCACUUGCAUUUCCCAAGAGAGCUCUUGUAUUUCUGACUAAUGCUUUGAGGGAGCAAAGAGAACUGGCACUCCCUGUUUUGAAGGUACCAAGUUCUACCUCUGCUCUUGUUCCUGUCACUGAUGCUGUGAUUCACCCAAUCAGUGGCACAGACAGCAUUGUUGCUUAUGACAGUUCUUUUAAGCAUGUAUAUGUAUGCUUACUGGUUGUUAUUCUGUGUGUAGGAAUCAAAUGUGUAUUUCAAACAUGAAUUUCCCAAUA